CCUGAGGGGAGGCGGGGAAGGCAGAGGAUGGAGCCGCCGGACGGCGGCGGGGGCGGCCACUACAUGGACCCCCGAAGCGCCUUCGUCCUGAGCAACCUGGCCGAGGUGGUGGAGCGGAUCUUCACCUUCCUGCCCACCAAGGCGCUGCUGAGGGCGGCGGGCGUGUGCCGCCUGUGGCGGGAGUGUGCGAGCCGCCUCCUGCGGAGCCGGCAGACCGUCGCCUGGGUGUCGGCCGCCGAGCCGCCGGCCCACGGACGCCCCCACGGACACGCGCUCGUCCGCGCCUUGGCCGACCAGCUGGAGAAGGUGCAUGUACUGCCACAAACGGUUCUCUAUAUGGCUGAUGCUGAUACUUUCAGUGGACAGGAAGAAAGUCAUGGUCAGAAGAAAGCAAGAAAAAGAAACAGCAAAGAAACAGCAAUUGCACUGGAGAAGUUGUUGCCAAAAAGAUGCCAGGUUCUUGGGAUGGUGACCCCUGGAAUCGUAGUUACUCCGAUGGGAUCAGGUAGCAAUCGACCUCAAGAAGUAGAAGAUGGUGAAGCAGGUUUUGCCAUACUCUUUCCCAAAAUUGAUGGAGUUAAAAUCCAGACCUUUCAUUUUUUUAAGGACUUGAAGAAUAAAGUUAUGCAUGCAAGCAAAUUCACUGAAGCUGGUCUCAAAAAUAAUCCAGACCUUCGUGCUGUCCUUAUAUUUGGCUAUAAUUCCUGGAAGUUGGGAGCAUCUAGAUUUCUUCAUCACAUCGUCACCACUCUCAACGAAAAAAGCAUCAUCCUUGCUGGCGGCCAAGUGGACAACUUGACUUCACUGACCUCUGAAAGUAGCCCUGCAGCCGGCGAGUCCUGUGGCGUGGUGGGACUGUCUUUCAGCGGACCCCAGGUCCAGAGCGCGACCGUGUUGUUAAACCAGGACGUUAACGAUGAGAAGACAGCGGAAGCAGCAAUGCAGCGCCUCAAAGCAGCCAACAUUCCCGAGCACAACACCAUUGGGUUUAUGUGUGCCUGCGUUGGCCGGGGCUUCCGCUAUUAUAGAACCAAAAAAAAUAUUGAAGCAGAUGCAUUUAGGAAGUUUUUUCCUAAUAUCCCUCUAUUUGGCUUUUUUGGCAGUGGAGAAAUAGGCUGUGAUCGAAUAGUCACUGGAAACUUUAUAUUGAGGGAGUGUAAUGAGAUCAAGGAUGAUGUACUUCACAGCUAUACUACGGUCAUGACGCUUAUUCAUCUUGGCUCAGCCAAGUGAAGACACAUUUAGAAAUGUUUUUUUUUUCUUUUAAAUAAGUCACUUAAAACACAUGACUGCCUUUCCAGCAAACAGCUCUGGAACAACAUGUACAUUUAAAACGAAAGCACCUUCAGAAAUAUUUCACUUUUGUAGACUGAUAUAAAAUCAUGUCCUUAGGAAAGCUUUGUUUUUAGCAUAUGCCGUAUAAAAGUUAUAAAUGUCUUGAAUGAAAUCUCUUAAAGUUGAAAUUAGGAGUGAGCCAUGGGUAGCAUUAAAAGGCAUAUCUAGAGCAGUUGGUAGCGUGCCUCUAAUACUUAUUGAAACAGACUAUGUAAUUAAGAGGCAAACUCUUGAAAGGUUAGAAAUAUACAUAAAACUGAUGAUAUGCGUUCUGCCUCCCAUGGAAGAGAUAUGGUUGAUCACUGAGAACUGAGGCCCCAGGUUAAUUGUGGUGACCUCUUUUUAUUGUCAGAGGAUGGAAAAACCUAUGGACAGAAAUCAUGACAUAUUGGUUUUUAGCAACAAUACAGUGUGUUCAUAACUUAUUUCUUGAAGAGAAUCAGUAUUUUUUUUCAGAGGCUUAAGCUAUUGCAGCUGAGAAGGGACGAUAGCAUUCCAAUCUUCCCAAAGUAGAAGGAAUGGAGUCACACCUUUGCUACUGGAAUUGCAUAAAGGUUAGAAUGAAGAAAUAUCCCCUGUGUACUUAAAGUUUUUGGUCACACGAAUAAAUGGGCAUUUUUGGAUUGUUCAAGGAAUAGACAAAUGACAUGACUUUUUCAUUUAUCAAUAAAGGAAUGCCACAAAGCUGUCUGUCGAAUGCUAUUGUUUUAUAGUUCUAUGACAAACCAGAAAGCUUCUGCAACAUGUUCAUUUUUGUUAAAUACAAGAGGCAGGUAGAAAAAUCCUGUAAAUCACAUUUGAGGCAUCACUCUAGAUCUUUCCUGCUAUUUAAAUGUGUUGGUAAGUAGUAAAUAAUUAACAGUUUGGAUUUUUACUUGUAUGCUAUAAUCCAAUUAGAUUUUAAUGUAUAUUUUCUAUUCUAUAACAGCUACUAUUGGAUUGCAGAAUUGGGAUAGCUUAAAAUGGUGCCACUGGAAGAAGAGUCUGAAUGAGAGAUGAAGAGUUUUAGACCAGAAAUUCCCCAUGCCCAGAACUACCUCACCAACCUUCUGCCCUGCCAGUGUGAGGAAGAGGAGAGCCGGUGCUGGCUCCAACACCUCUAAGCAAGAAGUCAAAGGAAAUGCUGAUGUGAGACCAAGAGAAAGUACCUAUGUGUGAAGUGCCAGAGGGGAGCAAAAAGCAGUUGGGUCUACAAGCAGGCCAAUGGAAGGAUGAUUUGAAGAAAAGGAAAAGAAGCUGCGUGGCUAUCAACUGCUACCAAAUGGUCACUGCUGUUCCAGCAGGAAGAAAAAGAGAAAAGUACGUGCCCUGCCCUCAUGAGCCGAGAAUGCGAGGAGGAGAAAGAGAAGAAUCCUUCUUCUCUCAGCAAUGUGCAGAGGUAAGUAUGGGAAGAGAGAGAAGAACACUGUUUCCUCUCAGCUCUCUUCCGGUGUAAGGGGGAGGGGGCACAGUGGAAGACGGAAAAUACCGGGACUCUAAGGUGAUAUCGCAAGACACUUAAAACCUCCCGGGGAAGUACUGACUGAAAUUCAAUACUCAGAUCACAACACUUUGUCAGUACUUCUGCUGUCACCACCUCGAUGAAGCUUCCCAAGUAGAUUAUCGAUCCUUAUCUGUAAAUGUGAUCUAGAAAUUAUGAGGGGCACUCCAUCACCAUUUAUCAUUCUGGUCCUGUAAUUCUAAUGGCCUGAAUGUAAACUGGAUUUUUUCACCUUUUGUGUGAAUUUAUUGGGGGAAAAUUUCUCUUUUUAAAGAAAUCUCUUUCUUCUCCCUUCGACUCUGUAAAAUCCGUCCCAUUUGAACCUUUACAUUCAAUUUUGUUACAUCACAUACCGAGUCAGGUUCCUGGGACCUACCAGUACUUGGUCACCUGUCCCUUGGAUCCUCUUCUCAGCAGCAGCAGUGGCAGUAGGAGAAAUUUUCUGUGUUCAUUCUUCGCCACUGCUCCCUCUUCUUCUGCCUCUGCCAUCCAGGAGAGGGUGUUUACUUAGUCCCUGUUCAGCCCUUAUUCCUUCCUCCCAAAAUGCACCCCACCUUUCUCUUUCCAAGGGUUCCUCAGAGGAAACUCCAUUACUCCGACAUUUUCCUCUCUAUAAAAUGGCAGUCAAGGAGAAUGUGUAGUCUCCUAAGAAUAUGCACUUUGCUAGGCCUCAGUGUGUUUGUCAUAACUUGGUAAUUAACGGAGGCAUAAGUUUUCAUUUAGAUUGGGUUUUGCUUUUUGUUUUUUUUAAAUCAAGACUAAUAUUCUUUUUUUUUUCUUUCCUUAGGACCCACAGUAAAAAUAAAUUGCUUGUUCCUACUGAA